AUUAAACCCCUCGUCCUCACCACCAUCAUAUCAACUGUUAUCUUAGGAACUAUCACAGUGCUAAUAAGCUCUCACUGACUGAUAAUCUGGAUCGGAUUUGAAAUGAAUAUACUAGCCAUUAUCCCAGUCCUAAUAAAAAGUUUCAACCCACGAACCAUAGAAGCAUCAACAAAAUAUUUCCUCGCCCAAGCCACCGCAUCCAUACUCCUCAUACUAGGAGUCAUUAUCAACCUACUACUGACAGGCCAAUGAACAGUACUAAACACCCCACACCCAAUCACAUCAAACAUAAUAACAGUGGCCAUAGCAAUAAAACUAGGACUAUCACCCUUUCACUUCUGAAUACCCGAAGUAGCCCAAGGAAUCUCACUAUCAUCAGGAAUAAUCCUACUUACCUGACAAAAAAUUGCCCCUCUAUCCGUUCUAUACCAAAUCUCACCCUCUGUAAACCCAAACCUACUAAUGACUAUAGCAGCCAUAUCCGUGCUGGUAGGUGGAUGAGGGGGUCUUAACCAAACACAACUACGAAAAAUCCUAGCUUAUUCAUCAAUCGCUCAUAUGGGAUGAAUAGUCGCCGUAACAACAUACAACCCCACCCUAAUAUUACUAAACCUUACAAUCUACAUUAUAAUAACACUAGGAACAUUCAUACUAUUUAUCCUCAGCUCAUCCACAACUACACUAUCAUUAUCCCACAUAUGAAACAAAACCCCAUUAAUCACUUCACUAGUCCUAGCAAUUAUACUCUCCUUAGGAGGCCUGCCUCCUCUGUCAGGAUUUAUCCCCAAAUGAAUAAUCACUUACGAACUUACAAAAAAUAACAUGGUCACUGCAGCAAUAUUCAUGGCAAUAACAGCCCUACUAAACCUAUAUUUCUACAUACGACUAACAUAUGCAACAGCACUAACCAUGUUCCCUUCAACAAACGCCAUAAAAAUAAAAUGACAAUUCGAAAACAUAAAAAACACCACCCUAAUGUCUCCUCUAAUUGUAUCCUCAACUAUACUACUCCCACUAACCCCAAUAAUACUAGCAAUAUUCU